CGGGAAAAAAUUUAAAUAACAACGAAAGAUGUCGACAUUUUUAAAACCAUUAACACCCACAAAAAGUCGACAAAAUUUUAAGCCAGUGACACCAACUAAAUCGAAAUCGAUGACCAAUAUCAACACUAGUGGCAGCAGUUCCAGUGCAAAUCUCAGCUCAUCCACUAAGCUUUUGGAAGAGAUAAACUUAUUGUUGCACUUGGAGACUCUAAAACGCAACAGGGACAGUGAAAUCCUAUUAAAGCAUAAAGUCGAAGAAGCUCUGAAAGUAUUUGAAGAACGUCGUCACAAGUACUUUAGUUUGGUGGCCAAAUACGCCACAUUAGUGAAAUUAGCAUGUACCCGAAAAGUUUUACUACGCAAUGACCUUAUUGAAUUUAACACCGAAUCAGCUCGCGCUGAUGCUAAAAGUAUCAAGGAGAAACUAAGCAGCGGCAGUGCUAAUGACUACAUUUGCACUCCAGAGUUGACACAGUUUAAGGAAAUGUUACAUCAAGUGGUGAAAUACAAAAAUCUACCAAUUAGGCGUUCGGAAUUAGUAGAUCUUCAAAACGCUACUGAUGCCAUACAGUAUUCCAUUGAAGCUAUUGAAAUAUCUUUGGAGAAAUGUACUACCCAAGGUCUGGACCAUUUUACCAACACCCUAGACAUGGUGAACUAUCCUAAACUCUUGAAGGAGUACGAGUAUAAUGAAUAUUGAAAGGAAACACAAUUAUUUUAUAUUAUAAAUGCAGUGUCUGGCAAAAGGACGUGUCUCACAUCUUUCCACCAGCCUGCAGUGCAUUUAUUUCUUAUCUUAUUAAUAGUAUUUGUUAAGUUAUUUUCAGUGGGGGGAAGUAUCAUUAGGUUCUUUCUACACAUUCAAUUCUAAUAAUGAAAAAAUAAAGAAAAACAAAAAAAUGUA